UUCCACCUCUGGCUCUGUCUGAGGCAGCUCUGGAUAGUAAGGAACAGCUGAAGCCCACAGAAGAGGUCCCUGGGCCAGCCAGGGUUUCCAACCAGAGUCAAUGUCUAGACAAGUUCCCACAGUGACUGCCAGCAGUGGCGUUGGACAAGUCUCUCAAUGGCAGAGCCCAGGACCUUCCCAGCCUGCACAGAAAGCGGCCCAGCCCCAGCAUCUGGUUCCGGAUGGGUGCCUUGAGAAACCCAUGGAGGGAAGUGGUCUCCUGCAGAAGUUGGGUGGCUUUCACAUCGCCAUUGCUUUUGCACACCUGACCUUUGGUGGUUACCUGAUCUCCACAGUCAAGAAUCUGCACUUGGUGGUGUUGAAGUGCUGGUAUCCACUCUGGGGAGCUGUUUCUUUUCUCAUUUCAGGUAUCUUAGCCACGGCAACAGUGACAUUUCCCAAGACCUCUCUGAAAAUUCUGUGUGUGGUAGCAAACGUCAUCAGCUUGUUCUGCGCCCUGGCCGGCUUCUUCGUCAUUGCCAAGGACCUCUUUCUGGAGAAUUCUUUUCCAUGGCCAAUCUGGAGACCAUACCCCAACCCCACAAGCUACAUCCAAAGACUAGAGCUGACUCUGCUCUGCUUCACCUUCCUGGAGAUCUUCCUGUCGGCGUCCACCGCCAUUACAGCCUGUAGGAUGAAAUGCCCGCAUGCAGAGGACAAGGAUGAUACCCCUCUCAUUCCUGACAAACCUAUGGAACUUAAAGGUCUGUCACUGGGGCCACCACCAUCCUAUAAAGAUGUGACUCGAGAUAAAGACUGAGUUCCUGCAGUACCAAGUCCAUCGCCGCCUCCCAUCGGCUGGAGUCUGAUGAUGACACAGACGUGACUCAAUAAAAGCAUAACUACUAUA